AACUCAUCUUAAAUGACACGGUUUAUGCUUGAAAAAUUUACGGGAGCUACGAAAUUUGUUGUGUUUUUUUCAUUCUCUAUCAUUUGCAGCCGUCAUUGAUUGUGUUGAACGAAUUUAUUUCGCUAUUGUCUCCGGCUGAUAUUGUACAUACAAAAAAUAUUCACGCUAUCAUGCGAAUGUUCACGCAUUGGUCCGCAUUGUUUACAUGAAGAUACAACACUAUAACCACCAUCAUGACGACCGCAUUGUAUUUGGAGCACUAUCUCGACAGUCUCGAGCAUUUACCAAUCGAAUUACAGAGAAAUUUUACACUGAUGAGAGACUUGGAUGCGAGGGCACAAGGUCUGAUGAAAGACAUCGACAAAUUGGCGGAUGAUUACUUGAGAAAUGCAAAGAAAGAAUCAUCGGAGAAGAGGAAAGAACAGCUCGCCCAUAUUCAAAGUCUUUUUAAUAAAGCAAAGGAAUAUGGUGAUGAUAAGGUUCAACUAGCUAUUCAAACUUAUGAAUUGGUUGAUAAACACAUUAGACGCCUGGAUUCAGAUCUAGCGAGAUUCGAGGCAGAGAUACAGGACAAGACAUUGAACAAUAGUAGAGCACAAGAGGAGAACAAUGCCAGCAAGAAAGGUAGAAAGAAACUCAAGGAAAAAGAGAAAAGGAAAAAGGGUAAUGUUGUAAGCAGCGAGGAUGAAGCCAAAAGUGCAAGAAAGAAGCAGAAAAAAGGUGGCUCUGUAGCUUCAGCAUCAUCCACCGGUGCUGCGGGUAGUGGUGCCCAAGUGGAUUCGACGGCACUUGGACAUCCAGCUGAUGUUCUGGAUAUGCCUGUCGAUCCUAAUGAACCGACCUACUGUCUUUGUCAUCAAGUAUCAUAUGGAGAAAUGAUUGGUUGCGAUAAUCCAGAUUGUCCCAUAGAAUGGUUCCACUUUGCCUGUGUAGGUUUAACUACAAAACCUAAAGGAAAAUGGUAUUGUCCUAAAUGUACGCAAGAUCGCAAAAAGAAAUGAAACCUAGGAAUAUUUGAAUUUGCUCAUUGCUACAUUUCUAAAGAAAAGACUACAUAUUGUACAUUAUUUCUAAAACUAGAAUACUUAACUUUUUUGCAUUCAAAGUCAAAUAAUUUUUUUACAAAAAAAAGUAUAAAACAAAUUUAUGAAAGAAAUGUAAAAGUAAUAAGUAAAGUAAUAGGUAUGUAUAAUGCAUUUCCAUUCCAUAUUGACAAAAUUGGUUGAUGUUCUUAUCGUUUUUUAAGUGGCCGUUGAAUAUAUCUGUGAUUUGUUCGCAGUGUGAUCUAGUAUUGAUCUAAUAUAUAGUUUCAAUUAUAGUAUUAAAUUAUUAACGUUAUUA